AUGCCGCCGUCAGAUUUCUCAUCUCCGGAAGAAUCCACCAAAGAGGUCACCGGGGAAGAAGACUGUCUAUACUUGAAUGUAUGGACACCACAGAACGCAUCUUCUGAUCUGAGCGUCAUGCUUUGGAUCCACGGAGGAAAUUUGGCCUGGGGCUUCGCUUCGGAUCCUGGAAUAAACGGCACAUCGUUGGCAAUUGAUGAAAACAUCAUUGUUGUGACCAUAAACUACCGCUUGAGCAUAUUUGGCUUUUCCAAUGCCCCUGAAAUUCCACUCGAGAAUCAAAAUGCGGGAUUCCUUGACCAACGCCUUGCUCUUGAUUGGGUCCAGAAGAAUAUCCACAACUUCGGAGGAAAUGCCUCCAAGGUCACAGUCGCAGGCCAGUCAGCGGGGGCAUACUCGGUCCAGCAGCUUCUGGCAUCUCCCCCCAACCCCUUGCCAUAUAGAGCAGCAAUAGUAGAGUCAUUCGCACGCGGCCUUCCUGGGAAUGGAACGGAAGCCUAUCUCAACGUCUCCAAUCAAUUCAAUUGUACAAACCUGGCUUGCCUUCGUGACUUACCGUCCGAGGCUAUUCGAAAAUAUGCAUUUGAAGCCGGACUGGACUUUCCGCCAACAUAUGACAAAGGCACUUGCGUUCAAAAUCUCACUGCGCAGGUUGAUAGCGGAAAUUUCGCCCAGGUCCCCUUUGUGCUCGGAUCUACGAAAGAUGAAUUGAGUGAAAUGGUCUACUAUCUUUCGGCUGAGGAGACUGACCCGGUGAAUGCCACCUGGGAACGAGUGUCCGACAGACUGGUUAGCACGGGGUUACAGCACAAAUUUGACGCUUCCCAGUUGCGCAGUCAGCUGGGGCAUGAGCCUUCGACAUACGCCGAAGCGGUGAGGCUUGCAACGGAUAUUGUUUUCACGUGUCCAACAGGAGCAUUCGGCAACUAUACCGCAGAUAAAGGGUUUGAAAACUGGCGUUUUCGUUGGUCAGCUCCAAUCAGAGGUGACAGGAUUAUCGAUGAUCUUGGUGCGCUCCAUGGCUCCGAGGUACCGGCCGUGUUUGGCACAUACCCGCGUGAUGUUCCUCCGAAAACUGCUGCUCUCACCGGGUACGCGCAAAAGGUUUGGUCAAACUUUGUGAAGAACUUAGAGACCUUCCUCCAGUCUGACAAAAAGCUAACGCAGCGUAUCUUACACGCUGGCGUGCCGAGUCUGAACCUGCCAGCCUUUGUGUUUGGCCCUUACGGAGGCGCACAUUCGUUUGGCCAGAAUGGAACGGUGGUAUUUGCACUGGAGGAUAUCGGACUCUUGCGGGCUUUGCCAUUCAUUCGUGAUUUGGUGGAGGGAAGCCGCGAACGCACAAACAAGGUUCGACGUUUGGAAGUUCUUUGGCAGACUGAGUAUUCAAAGUUUAUUCUCACACCCCAUUCCGAAGUCGUGCUGAUGAAAAGUACAGUGUGCACUGGCGAGAAGCUACGCGAGCGUGUGGCCCGUAUUACACAACGAGAAAAGUGCCCGAGUUUGUCGAUCGUCAACCUUGACAUGGAAGCGGAGCCAUGUGUCAUGCGCACGACUGGUGGUGGCGAGGAUCCUUUGGGCGUUGAGUACGUGCAAUAUGACGACUCUGCAGCGCCUCAGAGGCAGGGGCCAGAUAACUCUGUCCAUAACACCGCAGUACCAUCUUACAAGCGCAAUGGUGGAAUUUUUGAGGACUCGACCAGAGGAAUCCCGCUGGUUUUGCUGGAAGACAAUAAUCACGCGCGGUGGGUUAGGUCCAAGAUUCUCGAUGGGUAUAAGCGGUGA